AUGGCAGCAGGUAAGUUCCUUCACGGUUAUGGGACAGCACACAAAGUUUCACCAGCAAAGUCGGUUUUCUGUUUCUGGCCUUCCAUGACGGGGGAUGGAUUGAUGGAGAUGUUGCGAACCAUCAGCGGACACAGCACUUCUUGCGGUUCCUUGCUUUCAUCCAGGCGCGACAAAUAUGAUUAUUCUCCAGUCGAAUUUCAGAGAAUCAUCGACCUUAUCAGCAUCAUCGGCUUUAAAAUUGCAGACCUGGCAGUUGAGAUCUUGGCGGCUGAUAUGAGCAGGAAAAUGCUUUGUGAGAUGAUUCGAGCAAACUACGCCUUACUGUCCGCGAACUAUUCGAUGGAUAUGCUUGUUUUCUGGGAUGAAUCGAGUACCAACAACCGUUGCACCUAUCAAAAAUUUGGCUAUUCUCCCGAGGGGUCACCCUUGAAGGCAUAA